UUGUGUGGAGGUGCUUUUCUUCUGGGGAGCCUUCUUUCUCAUUUCUAAUAUCGGAGAUUCUCCUUCUGUUUUCCUUCCAAGCCUCAAUUCCCUUCUAAUUCCUUUCUCAGUUUCGAUCUUCGAUUUUCCAUCUGUCCUAACACCCCAGACGGAAAAUCUUAGAUUCCUCCUUCCCUUUUAAUACCCCUUCCGCCCUUCUCUCUCUACACCGGCGCUUUUCCAGAUUCAAUUCCUUCCGCUAGUUCCUCCUUACAGGUUAGGAGAUCUUCCAUAUUGUUUCGAACAAAGACGACGGUCCGAGAAAAUGGCCGAAGAACAUCGAUGCCAAGCUCCACGCCUUUGCGUUAACAACUGCGGCUUCUUUGGUAGCCCGGCGACACAAAACCUAUGUUCCAAGUGCUACCGAGAUUUGCAGCUCACGGAACAACAAUCCUCCUCUGCUAAGUUGGUUCUCAACCAAUCCCUUGCUCCUCCGUCUUCGACGACCUCGCAGUCGUCGUCUUCGCCGGUACAGAUCGACGGAACUUCGUCCUCGGCUGCAUUCGAUCCCCCACGCUCAGCGGACGUGGUCAAGAUUGGAUCUUCGGUGGCGCAGUCACCGGCUCAGCCGAGCCGGUGCUUGACUUGUAGGCGGCGCGUGGGCCUCACAGGAUUCAAGUGCAGGUGCGGAUCAACAUUUUGCGGCUCCCACCGGUACCCAGAACAGCACGGAUGUGAGUUCGACUUCAAGGGUAUGGGCAGGGAGCAGAUCGCGAAGGCAAAUCCGGUGGUCAAGGGCGAAAAGCUCGAGAAGAUCUGAAAAGUGUUACGGUCACGUCGAGUGCGAAAGCAAGUUAUUCGGAUCCUAUGCCCGGGUCGGUUCCGAUCAAUUUGGUCGGUUUGGGUGUUACGGGUUGGGGGUCGGUGGGUGGUGGGUUGGUUCGUGAAUUGUGAUCCUUAUCAUCAUCAUGUAAAUGAAUUUAGUAACCUUUCCAAUUGUCGGUCAUUAUCAGUGUGUCUGGAAAUUACUUUCAUUCUCAUUAGAAUAUUGUGGCCACGUGGAGUUAAAAUGAAAACAACGUAAUUUUUAGUUGGGCGAUGAUUCUCGCCAGAAAUAUAUGCGAUGGAAUAUUGUAGGAGAAA